GAGGGAGGAAGACUCAUCAUCUGCUACAAAUGCUUCACAUGUAUGUUGGGGAGGGGGGUGGACUGUGUUGAGAUUAGCACGCUCCCUCAGCUGGGUGUUCAUUUCAAUCUGCAGUACAAUAUCCUCAAGUCUGAACUUUUGGAUGAGGGUCAUUUGCCAGAGGAGGAUUUCACCCGACGUCUUUCUUGGUUUUUUCUUUUUUACUUCCUUCUUGGGCAGAAGGCUGGUAAUAGAAGCCAGACACAAGCCAGAAUGGGAGGCAUCCACCGCAGCAAGACGUCAACUCUUACCGAGUGAUGACGCGGCUGAAAAAGACAUUCUAGUUCAGCACGUUUAAUUUUUAUCAAUCUGGAAGUUUUAAAAAGGACUAAGAAGGGAAAUGCUUUCCACGGAUUGGGCUGUGCAGGAAAUAUCUAGCAGAGCAAAGUAGAACUUCAGAAUGGGAAAUGUCCAUGCAGCCUUUCCAGAUUCUAGUUAAGAAGCUUGUAGGAGCAACAUGAGCUGGAGCUUUCUCACUCGCCUUCUGGAGGAGAUCCACAACCACUCCACGUUUGUGGGGAAAGUGUGGCUGACUGUGCUCAUCAUCUUCCGCAUUGUCCUCACCGCAGUUGGAGGCGAGUCCAUCUACUCCGAUGAACAGACAAAGUUCACCUGCAACACCAAGCAGCCAGGCUGUGACAACGUGUGCUACGAUGCCUUUGCUCCCCUCUCUCAUGUCCGCUUCUGGGUCUUCCAGAUCAUCAUGAUCUCCACCCCCUCCAUCAUGUACAUGGGUUACGCUAUCCACAAGAUAGCUCGAACUUCAGAGGAGGAGCGCAGGAAGCACCUGAGGCUCCGCAGGAAGCCGCCUCCUCACUCGAGAUGGAGAGAAAAUCAGCAUCUCGAAGGUGGCUUGGAGGAGGAGGAAGGUGACGAGGCUGAGCCCAUGAUAUAUGAGGAAACACUGGAGGUGCAAGAGGCCAAGCCUGAAACAGUGACUAGCAGUAACAGAGAUCAACCAAAACACGAUGGCCGAAGAAAAAUAAUGCAACAAGGCCUGAUGAGGAUUUAUGUUCUCCAGCUCAUGUCAAGAGCUGUUUUUGAAAUAGCUUUCCUUGCUGGACAGUAUCUCCUUUAUGGUUUUCGAGUGAAUCCCUCGUUCGUGUGCAACAGAGUACCCUGUCCACACAGAGUGGAUUGCUUCAUCUCCAGGCCAACGGAGAAAACCAUCUUCCUUCUAAUUAUGUACGUAGUCAGCUGUCUGUGUCUUGUGUUAAAUGUGUGUGAGAUGCUUCACUUGGGAUUAGGCACUUUUCGGGACACCCUUCACGUCAAAAAGAACCGUGGCAGACGUUCUAUGUCCUACAGCUACCCGUUUUCCCGCAACAUCACAGCCUCGCCACCUGGGUACAACCUCGUGAUGAAAACAGACAAACCAAGUCGGAUCCCCAACAGCCUCAUCACGCACGAGCAGAACAUGGCCAAUGUGGCCCAGGAGCAGCAGCAGUGCACCAGCCCAGACGAAAACAUCCCAUCUGAUCUCGCAAGUCUACACCGGCACUUACGGGUCGCACAGGAGCAGCUGGAUUUGGCCUUUCAAACCUACCAAACCAAAAACAACCAAGAGACCUCGAGGACCAGCAGUCCUGUUUCCGGAGGCACUAUGGCAGAGCAAAAUCGAGUCAAUACCGUCCAAGAGAAACAAGGAGCGCGGCCAAGAUCAGCCACAGACAAAGCUGCAACCAUUGUGAAAAAUGUAAAGACUUCCGUGUGGAUAUAGAGAUUAAUCUGUAAACUGACAUUAAAACUUUUAGAUCUACUGAACUGCACAACUGUGAGACAGCUGGCGGAUGUAUGUGAGAGAGAGAAUUUUAGUUAAAACCACCUGGGAUUUCAAUCCUACCAGCGGCAGAAGGGUAGUGUAGUCUUUACGAACAAACAAAACCACGAGUUGAUCAAAAAUAAUGUUGCAGAUCUUCUGCUUUUGUUGUGAGUUAAGUUGCUGUAGAUGUUGGUUCUAGAAAAAAAACAUAUUGUUUUGUUAAGCAUCUUUAAUUACAGCUAAAACUCCACGGCUUAUCUCCUUUAACACCAACUGAUGGGAACUGGUCCGUGUGAUGCAUGCUCAACCCGGUUUUUAGUCAAACACCGGAACUGCACCGUGACUCGUUUUUUAAACAUGGCCGGUACUGAUAGAAAGAUGCAAGUUAAAUGUGAAAUCUUUCUAUAAUGAUAAUGAGACCGGGUGUGUCAUUGAAGGCUUGUCUGGUAGACAUCUGCCUCUUGUGAUUGCGUCUCUAAAGUCAUCGCGUGAGAAGCAUUCAUCAGUGCCAUUCUUACAAAAACCUUACAGUAUAAUCAAUGCAGUUAAUAAAGAGGAAUUUUGAAUUAUUCUCAAAAGUAAAUAUUAAUUUCCUAUUAUUAAAGCUGCUAGAAAACCUAUAGAACAAGCUGGGUUUUGAAUGCAAAUGCAGUCUUGGAGCACACACACGCACACACACACACACACCCGGUAUCUCCCCUGAGACACUUCUGCCGGAACCGGAAACCGGCAUUGCUAGAGGAAACGAGAAAGUGCUAAACACCAGUUGGCAUUUUCUAGGUCCUUUUGUUGUCUUCAAAUGGUGUUUUUCUUUUUGGGACUCUGUGGUAGCAGCCGGCUGUCCUUCUCUGAAAUUACUGAGCCGAGAACCUCUCACACCAGUGGUGCUCUGUUGCUAAAUACAUGAGUACGUUAUGAGUGGAGGACCCAGGGAUGAGCGGAAUUGCAGUGAUUCUGCAAGACCGACAACCAGAUGGUCCAAUAGUUUCUUUCAGUCUUAACCGUGUUAUUAGCGGAGGUCUUUAGACAGAUGCAAGAGAACCACUUUAUUAAUUUUUUUUAUUAUCUCCAAACAUGUAUAGCUGUUCUUUGUUAAAAGGUGCUUAAGAGUCAUGAAAAAAAGCUAACUUGUUUUCCAAAUUUGCCAAAGCAGCUUUAAAUGACAUACAUAUUCUAAAUGUAAACAUACAAUAUAGGCAUUAAUAAAAGAAAACACAUUUAAUCAGUAUCACAUAUCUAAAAUGAGACUAAGAUUUGCUGAGUAAAAGACUAUUCUGCCUUCAGCUUUUCUUAUUUCAAAGUGCCUACAACUUUUAAAGACUGUCUUAGUAUUUUAUUUAUUAUAAAAUAUGAAACUUCAGUCUUCUCAUUAUGUCAUAUGCUCUCUAUAACUCACCAUGUUAAUAAACACACAUUGUUUGGUUCAAAGUUAGAAUAUUUCAAAAAAGUUGGAUUGUUGCAGAUCUGCAAACACCAUAAAAAAGUAUUUAUUUUCCAAAAACAACAAUAAAAUAAAUAUCUUUCCUAUUGUUCAUAUUCUGUUACUAACCACAAUAAUUAAAAAAAGUAAAUUCUAAUGAUAAAAAAAACUCUUGAUGAUUACUAAUGAUGCGAAAACAAUACCAUAAAAAAGAAAUGGCCUGUCGUUUUUACAGAAUUUUGUGGAUAAAAAAAGAGUAAAAGGCCAUCUUGAAAUGUACAGAUGGUAUAAAUUAUUUUUAAUGUAGCAGUUUUAUUAAUGAAGAUUUAAGGUAUGUGCAAAAGGCUGACUGGUUGAGAAAAAGUAGCACCAGAUGUGAAGUUACUGUUACAACUAUUGGACACUUGUGUACACAAUAACAGAUUUACUUGAAUGCAAAAAAAAAAAAAAAUAAAUAAAAUAAAAUAAAAUAAAAUAAAAAAUAAAUAAAUAAAAAUCAUAGUUAUAUUAAAUUAUCUGAAUACUCAUAUAAGGUUAACAACAUUUCCACAUUUCAGAUGCUAAAAGAACUGUACCUAAUCGGUGGAUGUUCAAACAUCUGAACAUCAGGGGGUACAGUUUUAGAGAAAAUGUGGUAAAUUACAGUGAAGCUCGUUUUUAAAGUAAAUAAAAGUAUACAAAUAAUGUGUGUGGAGAGUUAUUACUUAUU